AUGUCUGCUAUAUCUUUUAUAUUUUCGUUGAUUUUUUCGGUUAUUUGGGUGACUUCAGUGUACUUUGAUGUCAAAUUUCAACCAAGAUUGGGACAUGAUUGGUAUAUUUAUAAACUUAUUAUGUUGACCAAUUUGAAUUUUGUGAGUAUAAUAUUUUUCCUGGAGUUAGAUGAAGUCUGUUUGAUUUCAGAUUUUGGAUACAAUUUAUUCGGUGUUGGUUUUGUUGAGCUACACAGGAUGUCAAAGAGUUAGAAAUCUUGUUGAUUAUUUGUUUUUCACUUCGGUGUUUCCAAUCGCGUUGGUGAGCUUUUAUUUUGAAAUAUUUCUAAUAAAAUUAUGCGCUGAAGAAUUUAAGUUAACUGAAAGAAUUAGAGUUAGCUAAACUUGUGAAAAAUGUUUUUUUUAAACAUCUGAUGAAGAAAUAUUUUGUUUGAAUCGGACAUUUUCAAGUUUUCAAAAAUCUAUGGAUAAAGGCAGAUUUCCUAGAUGACUACAUCAAAAAAUCGAACAAUUGUAACAUCUAGAAAUCGAUAAUAUUUUUCAAAUAAGUUUCUUUCAAAAAUGUAUGAUUUUGAGUUUGAAAACUCGUGUUUUAUUUUCUAGAGAUUUAAAGUUUUUUUUCUUCUAAAUAUUUAGAAUUUAGAGAUUUGAAGUUCUCAAGAUUCAAUUCAGAAUUUCCAUUUUUCCUAGCCAAAUUUUUUAAAACUCAAUUUCUUAAUUUUUCCAGAUAACUUGCGGAUUAUUCUGGGGUCUUUAUGCAAUUGAGCCAGCGUUGGUUAUGCCAGAUUGGGUGGCAAAAUUAAUCCCUGGAUGGCUUAAUCAUGUAACUCACACAUUGCCAGUUGUUUUUGUAUAUGCAGAUGCUUAUUUUCAUCAAAGGUAUGAUUUUUGCUUGGAAAAAUUUUGAAAUCUGUUUUUCAGAUCCCCUCCAACAAAUCGAUCUGCUUUGAAAGUUUCUGCAACUUUGGUUGCCGUUUAUUUCGUCAUGUAAGCUAUAGCCAUUGAUAUUAUAAAAAUAUAGAAACAUGUUUUUUUUCAGAAUAUUUUACGUUCGAUUUUUCGAUGGUUACUGGCUAUAUCCACUUCUCGAAUUAUUUUCAAACACCCAUUUCAUUUUGGCAUAUUUUGCUGGAGUUUUGGGAUUCUUUGGACUUACACAAGCUGCGAAACUGACAAAUUGGUUAUUCUGGAGAGCAAAUAAAAAACUGAAGCAAAAGUGA